AGUGCGUAUUGUAAGUCGUGACGUCAGAAUAAUCGCUGUGGACCUCAGCUACACGUCGCUCACUGAUACAAGAUGGCCGACCCUGACGCCUUCGAUGACGAGAAGCUGGUGGUGGGAGGUCCCAACCAGAGGAACUGGCGCGGUAUCCUCAUCGCACUCCUGGUGAUUGUCCUUGUACUGGCGCUGAUUGUCACCUCCGUGGUAUUGCUCACACCACCUGAUGAGGGGCCCAGGAUCAGGGGCCGUCGUUUCCGUAUCCAGGACCUGCUUACUGAUGAACUGGUGCCUGUGCGAUGGAAUGGCACCUGGAUAUCAGGAGAUGAAUAUGUAUACAGAGAUGCGUGGGGCGGUAUCAGCCUCAUGUUCGCGGCUAAUCAGACUUCCAAAACGCUUAUGCCAAACACUACAUUUAGAGUUCUAGAACCAGCGUCUUUCUCGUUGUCCGCUGACCGUCGAUUUCUUUUGCUGGCCCAAAGUCUACGUCAACUCCACCGUCACUCCUACCUCGCUAGAUAUACAGUAUACGAUAUACUGACCACAGAAUCUUACCCCCUCACACCUUUACCUGACGAGGUAGGAGGAGGUGUGAUCAGUGAGGGUCCAUACCUCCUCCUCGCGAUGUGGACUCCCAAAGGCCAUGGGCUCAUCACUGUGCGGGACUAUGACAUCUACUAUAGACCAGCUCCAAGGUCUUCCACCGGAUAUCGCGUCACUGACACGGGGAAAACCGGCACAAUAUAUAAUGGUGUACCUGAUUGGUUAUACGAAGAAGAGAUCCUCAAGUCGCGCUCCGCUCUGUGGAUGUCAGGUGACGGGCACAUGGUGCUGUACGCAACAUUCAAUGAUACUCUGGUGCGCGAGCAGAGGUUCCCUUGGUACGGCGCCGCACUGGACACUGACGAUCCUGCUAAGACAUAUCCAGAGAUAAAGAGCGUGAGGUAUCCAAAGCCGGGCACCAAUAACCCCACAGUGAAGCUGACAGUUGCAGACAUCGCGGACCCCAAGCACAUCCGUACGAGGCAUCUCACGCCCCCUAAAGUAAUCCUCGAACAAGGGGACUACUACUUGACGAGCGCGCAGUGGGUGUCGCUGACAGAGGUGUGCGUGGUGUGGCUCACUCGUAUACAGAACCUCUCCGUCGUGUCUGUCUGCAAGAGCCCCAUGUGGAACUGUCAGGAGGUGUACAGGAUAACAUCAGGCAGUGAGAGCUGGGUGGAGAGCGCGCCAGCUCCGCUGUGGUCAGCUGGCGGCGGUGCGCUGGUGACGCUGGCGCCAGUGCGGGACGGUCCAGCGGGACUGUUCCGGCACGUGGUGCGCGCGGAGCACAACGCGCACGGUCCCCGCGCUCUGCCUCUCACACACGGCAGCUUCGAUGUGGUCAAACUGCUCGCCUGGGACCACAACAACCAGCACAUUUACUACUUAGGCAUACCUGAAGGCAAGGCAGGACAGCAGCACCUGUACCGGGUGUCUGCGGAGGCGCCGCGUCCUGGUACUCCGCAGAAGCUGCCUUACUGCGUCACUUGCAACUCACAACCAUCUCCGUCCAUCAACUUGGAGUACUACGGCAGUCUGGCCUCCUCCGGUGAGAGUCCCUGGGACGCGGACUGGGACGAACUUCCCGCCACCUCGCCUACAAGCGCCAAGAAGAAGAAGAAAAAGUUUCCUGACGGUGUCCCUCCUCAGAAUACUCCGUGCUUGUACCACGAGGCGCACUUCAGUCCGAGCGCAGCGUACUUCGUGCUGGAGUGUCUCGGCCCCGGCGUACCCACAGCCAGCCUGCACAGGAUCGCCCUUCCUGAGCCUCGUCUGCUCAUGCAUCUUCAGAAUAAUACUGCUGUUAAGGAGCGUCUGUCAGGUAUAGCGCUGCCGACUCCCCGCACGUUCUCAGUGCAGCUGUCGAGUGGACACGCGGCGAGAGUGCGCCUGCUGCUGCCGCCAGGACUCAGGGAGGACGAGGUCACCAAGUAUCCAUUAGUUCUUAAAGUACAUGGUGCGCCAGGAAGUCAACUAGUGACGGAGCAGUGGGCGCUGGACUGGGGCUGGCUGGCUGCAGGAGCCGGCGCUGUGGUGGCCGCUGUGGACGCGCGCGGAGCUGGCGGCCGCGGCCUCGCUGCACACCACAGCUUGCAUCGCCGACUUGGUACUGUGGAGCUUGCUGAUCAACUGGAGGUCGCAGAGUACCUGCGAGACUCGCUGCACUUCAUUGACGCGCGACGCGUGGCGGUGUGGGGUCAGGCGCACGGCGGCUUCCUGGCGGCACUGGCGCUCGCCAGUCCACUGAAUGUCUUCCAUUGUGGUGUUAUACUAACACCCAUAGUGCGUUGGCGAUAUUAUGCGUCUGCUUACGCGGAACGGUACAUGGGUUUCCCGAACGCGACCGGCAACUACCGGGGGUACGCUGACGCCGACGUGACGAAGCAGGCGGCGGCGCUGCACGACAAGAUGCUGCUGCUGGUGCACGGAGCAGCUGAUGACAUCGUGCACGUGCAGCAGACCAUGGCGCUUGCACGCGCGCUCGCAGACCAGGGCAGCAUGUUCCGCCAGCAGAUUUAUCCGGACGAGGGACACAGCCUGCGAGGUGUGAAGCGACACUUGUACCGCACGAUGUCUUCCUUCCUGGACGACUGCUUCCGCAAGCAAGUACCACCAGAGACCAAGGCGGGCCUCAGGAACGGUGGUAACCUUGACUGAGAUACGUGGAAAGAUGAGGAGCUCUACACUUGGUGAGGUGACACGGACAGUUGACAUAGAAAUCGACGGACAUAAGAAAACAAAACAGUAGUACAACACAUCCAUAUCUCUAAAAUUUUUAACAUUUACCUUACCAAAGAAGAACCCAUCUUUGUGAUAAAUAAUUUAAAUUAAUAGCUCUAGUUGAUAGAAAAGAGCUUUUGUUUAGCUAUUUAAAUCUUUAAGAAGAUUAUGAACUUCCAAUGUAAAUUCCAAUUAGAGAAACGAAUGCUUCAAAGGUCUGACGUUUAUAGUGUAACUAUACUUGAGAUGAAUCUUCUUUAUAUUGUCCUAACACGACAACUAGCGAUAUCCAACAACGCGAUACGACAUUACGCGUCUGUACCUUGUCCUCCAAAAGCGUUUUUGUAAAAAAAAACAUGGCACAUGUUAGUAUAUUUGACGUCGAAUGUUACAUGUAACAUGUUACAUUAGACGUCAAAAGUCAUAAAUUCUAAAUUCACAAUUUCAUGUUGUAAUGAAAUUUGACGUUGGAAUAUUUGCAAAAUUUAAGCAUUCCUUUGGAAUGAGACUUAUUCUUGGAUUAUGUCGAAUCGCGUUGUGUCGUAAUAUUUGUCGUAUAUAGGACAAUGGUUUAAGCUACACGUAGUUAUAUAGUCAAUGAACUUUGUGAUCUUAGUAGUAACUUAUAAGGCGUUACAUAAUACAUAUAUACUUGAUGUAAACAUGACUUUUAAAUGCCUAAACACCAGUACAUAAACAUUCAAAAUCUAAGUUUUUUCAAAACGAAUGUUUUAGUACGUGUUUAGGUAAUGGAAUCUUAGCGAUCAUGUGAUUUAUGUAACACAUCUCAAACGCCUUCUUUUAGUUGUAUAUUUAUUUAAAACCACAAAUUAACCUUCCAAAGUUUAUUUUG